CAGCUUUCCUGUCCCCUGCCCAAUGCGCAUGCGUGUGAGAAAAGCGCGUCAGACUCUGCUUCCUCCUCCCCAAGAUGGCGGCGGCCACCAGCGGCGCGGCGGUUUGCGGCGACGGCCCCGCGGGCGGGAAACGGGCGCACCUGGGCAUCCCCGAGGCAGUCUUCGUAGAAGAUGUAGAUUCUUUUAUGAAACAGCCAGGAAAUGAGACUGCAGACAUAGUGCUCAAGAAGCUGGAUGAACAGUAUCAGAAAUAUAAAUUUAUGGAGCUUAAUCUUGCGCAGAAGAAAAGAAGGUUAAAAAACCAAAUUCCUGAAAUUAAGCAGACAUUAGAAAUCUUAAAACAUAUGCAGAAGAAAAAGGAAUCCACAAACCUGAUGGAAACCAGAUUUUUAUUGGCAGAUAAUCUCUACUGUAAAGCUUCUGUUCCUCCUACAGAUAAAGUUUGUCUCUGGUUGGGGGCCAACGUAAUGCUGGAAUAUGACAUUGAUGAAGCCCAGGCAUUGCUAGAAAAGAAUCUCUCCACAGCCACGAGAAACCUUGAGUCUUUAGAGGAAGAUCUGGAUUUUCUUAGGGAUCAGUUCACUACUACAGAAGUCAAUAUGGCUAGAGUAUAUAAUUGGGAUGUAAAGCGAAGAAAGAAGGACGACCCUUCCAAAAACAAAGCAUAGUUCUGCCAGUGUGGUUCUGAUUUUCAAAGUAUUUUCUUAUUUUAAGAACAACCCUCCAUUUUCAGCCUUCAGCGGACUGAGUUUAAUUUAAAUCCAUCAGUUGGUAACAUGAAAAAAAAUUAAAUAAUGGUGAGCCUUUUUUAAAAAAAAAAUUACAAGCCCUAUUUGGUUCUGUGCAAGCUUCAUGAUCUUACAGCUGCUCUGGAAAAGCGCCACAAGAUAUUUGGCUUCUUCAGCCAUAACAAUAUGUCAUAGGGAAAUCCUUGUGAAAGGGCUUGUCUGAAAAUGUGGAGUGCAUUAUGGGAUUUGAGGCUAGGUCACUUUAGCAAGUGGCUGGCCUUUGUAAGAGAUCACUGGUUUGUUACAUGCUUGAUGAGGAAUGUCAACAAGAUCUGAUUCGGGGGGAAACGCACAGCUGAUGUGGCAUCAGUAUAAGGAGAUUACAAUCCAAUCCUGUGUUCAUUGCAGUCGCGCCUCUUUAGUUAGUGUAGCUAUCCUCUAGAUACGUUAUGCACAAGAGCUCAUGAUUAGCCCUUGAAGAAAGGAUUAAAUAACUGAAUAAAGUAAGUGAUCACACUAAGUUCUGUGUUCACAUAAAAACCUGUUCACUCAUCCAAGUUUGCAAAGUAGGGAAAUCCAGAAACAAACAGCUUGCUGUACGCAAUCAGCACACUUGCCACCCCUCCUGUCUAAUUCAAUGCUUGCAAAGACACUGAGUAAAACCUGCAUUUAAACAUGGAGUGGUGUAUUUGAGCCCAGCUUCAGUUGUUAACAGGUUGAAUGUUAUUCCCAUGUUGCUUAUUAUGAAGCUUCGCUAAAGUGUUGCCUUGACAUCUUCCUUUUUCUUUGAAACUGCAAUGCACACCUGACGGUCAAAUUAGUGGUGUGUUUACACUGCAGAGUAGCUGGCAAUGCAGGUUUCACUUCAAAAUUAAAAGCAAAUGUAAACUGUUCUAGUUUCAUGUAAUAAACAAUACCUGUAAAGUUUUUUGUAUUUUUAUUUCAUUAUAUUAAAACAGUGAAACUUGAAACACGGCAGAAA